AUGUCAUCAUUAACCAAUAGUACAGUAUCUCAUUAUAUUGAUGUACGAUCCGAUACUGUUACAAAGCCCACCGCAUCAAUGCGUCAAGCUAUGUUUGAAGCUGAAGUUGGUGAUGAUGUCUAUGGUGAUGAUCCAACAGUUUUAAAAUUACAAUCCAUGGCAGCUAAAUUAUUGGGAAAAGAAGCGGCACUAUUUGUUCCAUCCGGUACAAUGGGAAAUUUAAUAUCAGUUUUAACUCAUUGUAAUAUGUUUGGUAGUGAAAUGAUACUAGGUGAUCAAUCACAUAUAUAUUUUUAUGAACAAGGUGGUUCGGCAACAUUAGGCAGAGUUCAUUCUAGAGUAGUUCAAACACAACCUGAUGGAACUUUAUUAUUAAGUGAUAUAGAGAAAGUAAUUAGACCAUUUCCAGCUAAUGAUGAUCAUUUUCCAAUAACAAAACUAAUUUGUUUAGAAAAUACUCAUAAUCGAAUGGGAGGAAAAAUUUUAUCAGUUGAAUAUACUAAUUCAAUUGGAGAACUUUGUAAAAAGCAUGGAAUAAAGUUACAUAUGGAUGGAGCAAGAUUGAUGAAUGCAGCAGUUGAAUUGAAUAUUGAACCAUCUAAAUUAGUUGAAUCAUGUGAUUCAGUUUCCUUUUGUUUAUCAAAAGCAUUAGCCGCACCAGUUGGCUCAAUAAUUGCUGGUACAGUUGAUUUUAUUAAACAAGCUAAAAGAUUAAGAAAAGUUCUAGGUGGUGGAUUAAGACAGUCGGGUAUAUUAGCUGCAGCCGGUAUUUUAUCUAUAACUGAAAUGCCGAAAUUAUUAAAAAAUGAUCAUGAAAACGCUAAAAUAUUAGCUGUGGGAUUAGCUAAAAUUGAUGGCAUCGAUAUAACAGCUUCAGAAGUUCAAACAAAUAUUGUAGUUAUUAAUUUAAAUUCUGAUAAAUUAUCCAUUGAUGCACCAACUUUAGCUAGUAAAUUAAAAGCUAAUCAUAAAAUUUUAAUUAGCGCAAGUGAGAUCACGAGAAUAAGAUUUGUUAUUCAUUAUAUGAUAACGACAGAAAAUAUUGAAUUUAUUUUGAGACAAAUUCAACACGAACUCGACCAAUAUAGAAAAUAA